UCAGGAAAAUCAAACAGUUAGCUGAAGGAAGAAGGAAGCAAAACAGAAAGAAAAGGACGAGCUACUAUGGCAGAUUGGGGGCCGAUUUUUGUAGCUGUGAUUCUGUUUGUUUUGUUAACUCCAGGGCUUCUCUUUCAGCUCCCGGGCAAUCGCCGGUGCUUAGAGUUUGGCAACUUUCACACCAGUGCUGCUUCUAUCAUCGUCCAUUCGAUUCUCUACUUCGGUCUCAUUUGUGUCUUCUUACUUGCCAUCAAGGUUCAUCUCUAUAUUGGUUCCUAACUCUUCCCCAAUGCAUAGACUCGACCCAUCGAGGUUUGCCUCAACGCAACGUUUCUUGUUUGGUUUCUAAUUCUCUAGUGUGAUGUUUGUUUUACUCGAAUUUGUUCGGGCUGUUCUUAAUUCUUCGUUUUCUUCCAAGUGUGUGAGUGAGCUAGGUGAUUUUGACAUUUCAAUGUUAGAAUCUUGAGGCUUUGUAUUGGCAAUUGAAUGUUUCUAUAUAGCAAGGAACUUCACUUCGGGUCAUUUAACAAACCCU